AUGACGGAUCAUGCUAAUGUUAGCCCUCACCAUAUUAAAUAUGUAACACUUUCUAAGAUAUCUGUUGAGGACGAUCUCAUCAUCGUUGCUCGCGAUUCAAACGGCGUAUACUUUGUUAUGCAUGGUGAAAAUAAAGUAAUUUAUGAGAUUGAUUCGUUUGGGAAUGUUAUAAGUAAGAAGCCGGCAACCGCUUAUAUCAUCCAUAGAACGGCCCUCCAAAACUGUUUUAGAAUUCUCGAUAUAAAAUAUAAAAGGGAUGAGGUCUCAAAAAUUGCCAGAAACGUUUGGGAAGACCUUAAAAAGAAUGAUCCCGGAUUGGUCAACCGAAUCAAAGAAGCUUAUAAAAUGGCCAUGGAAAGACACAAGAGAGUGCAUUUGGAGAUAUGUCCUUAUGUAGUUCAGGAUAGAACAAAAAGAAGAAAUACUUCUAAAACUACAUGGACCCCCAAUUUAAAUGGAAAAGAUGAACAUGAAUUGAUCCUUAAAAUAUUUAUUUAA